UUUAAAUGCGGUAUACCUUUUCUAUUGUGUGAUCAUCGCAUCGUUACGUAUUUCGAAACGAAACUGCACUAUACAAAAGUGAUCAUGAUUGAGAGAGAUUUAUCGAGUACUUAGUUUGUUUUAUAAUAUCUUGUUAAUAAAUGAAUCAUUCAUACAUAAUCAAAGUGUAUAGUUUUGUAAAAUAAAUAGCCUGUUAGAAGAAGGACUCGGAAUUUCUACAGCAGCUGAUGUGUAAAGAUGGCCAAGCUCAAUACAAACAAAUAGUGAUCAGUUAUGUGCUGGUUUCACAACUGACUUUUUUAUUACGGUAUUUUUAUAUUUAUAGACAAACGUUAAGGAUAUUUAUUUUAUCAUACGUUAAAAGAUGGCUUAUGAUCCACGUAAUAUAAAAUAUCCAUCGGAUAUGCACAACCAUCAACAUAAUCAGCCUAAUAUCACUGGAUAUACAUACUCUGGGCAUCCAGUAACUCAUGUUCAACAAACAGAUGAAAAUAGAAACGAGAAUAAUUGUGGAAAUAAGGAAACGUGCCCUCAGAUAUCUCAUCAAUCUUCGGGUACACAGACUAUUCAAAAAGUAGAUGCAGCAACUAUGACUGAUCCGUUACAAAUAGAUUUUAGACUUACUUCAGAGUACUUAGCACGAUGUUCUAGUACAUUAGGUUUACCAUAUGUAACUAAGUAUGAAGAAAAUAGCAAUAAUUCAACGCAUAAUUGCCAAGAAAUUCGACCAAAAAUUGAAUUUGAAGUUGAGCCACAACAUAUCAAUGGUAUGUUAAUAUAUCAUUGUCCAGAAUGUGCAUACAGAUUUGAAGACAGAGAGGCAUUACACGAACAUCUAGAAGAUCACAGGCAACGACCUCACAUUUGUGAUAUUUGUGGUGCAAGUUUAAAACGCAAGGAACAUCUAGAUCGUCACAAACAAGGACACAAUAAAGAUAGGCCAUAUCAGUGUAAUAUGUGCUGCAAAGCAUUUAAACGCAAUGAACAUCUUGCACGUCACAUGAUUAUACACUCAGGUAGCAAAAAUCAAGUUUGUACAGAAUGUGGCAAAGCUUUUUAUAGAAAGGAUCACUUAAAAAAACAUUUGCAAAGUCAUAAUAGUAGCAGAAGCAAAAAUCUAAACAGUUCGCAGAAUAAUCAGAAUAGCCAUAAUAAUGGCGAAGAAGGAUUAAGUAGUUUUGCAAUGAUGAUGAGGCAGACUGGGCCACCUCCAUUUUCUAUUUUGAGAACUUAAUACAUUUUUAUCUUAAUCUUAAAACAAAGUUAUUUUAUAAUUUAGGCAAUUUAAAUUUGAGAGAUUGAUACAGCGAGCUUUAUCAGAGACACUUUCAUGAUGUAACUGAAUAGUUGUUGAUGGUUCUGAAUUUUGCAGUUAUGUAUAUGUGUGUGUGUGUGUGUAUAUAUAUAUAUAUAUACAUAUAUACAUACAUACAUAUGUAUAUGUAUGUAUGUAUGUAUGUAUUAGUCUGGAAAUGCUACUUAUAAUGUAGCUGAAAAACAAACAGGCUCUAAAUUAAUUCUGCAAAUUUUAUAUUUCUCUUUCUAAUAUGCUUCUAAUAUGCACAAUAUUCUUAAAGUAAGAACGUACCUGUUAAGGGCAGUUUUUUGAAAUGUAAUAUAUAUAUUUAGAUACUUUAAAAAAUUUUAUUUAAAAAAGAUAUUUAUAUAAAUUAUUCAAGCUUUUAUAUAAAUUACAACUGGGUACAAGCCUAGUAUUGUUGAAUUUUUUUUCUUUAAACUUUACAUUUGAUAUGAUGUUUGAAAUGUAUGGAAAGAACAGGAAUAAAACUAGCUUAGCAAUAAAAUUUUUAGUUUCAAAUUUAAUAAAAGAAUGUUAGUAUAUUAAUUACAUGUAUCUUACUGUGUAUUCUAAAUUAAAGCAGCCUUUGUAAGAACAGCUUUUAAAUACUUUCAUCUUCAAGCAAAAAGAGAUGCAAAUACUUUAUAACGCUGUGCACAAACAAUUCUUGUUAUGCUCAAGAUACUGAAAGAAGAUGCGUAUUUGUUAUAUAUUAUGUGUAAAAGUGGAACGAAAAUACAUGAUUUUGUUUUCUGCUAAGAUAACGGUAUCAAUCAUCUUGGAUCGUGUGCCUAAAAGAAACAGCAUAAUAACACCUAUCUUUGCACGCAAUUAUGAAAAAGGAAUAUAAAAUCAACGUUAAGAAUAGUUUGUAAUCAAUGGAAUACAUUUUGUAGCUCUAACUGGAAAGGAACAUUGCACAAAGUACGGUCGUUUUAAUAUAAAAAAACAGAGCGUUGCAUAAUUAUUUUUUAUCGAUAUUAAUUUCUCCGUUACUUCUUAUUUAUAUGCAUUUACCUUCUUUCAUGUUGUAUAUUGUAAAUAGGAUUAAAGAAUGUAUGUAGGAUUAAAGAAACUUUGAUCCAAGUUAGAGUAAGAGCGAUGUUCCUUAAUGUUUAAAGUUGAAACAGCGAUGAAUGUAAGGAUAUGUCAUGUUAAAUAAUUUAAUACUAUAGUUUACAUUGUGCGAGCGUGUCAGUAUGUUUGUACGUGUACUAUAUAGAAAUAUAUAGAUACGCGUAUAAUAUGUAGUAAUGUGUAUUGUAUUAUAUUAAUAUGUUAUAUGUUAUACGCGUAUUUACACGUGAAAUGUUACGUCAAAUUACCCAUGUAAAUUAUGUAUUUAUAUUUAUUAAGAAAAACCGACUAUAUAUCGGCUUUAUUAUAUAACGCUUCCAAAGUGUACAUAAUCGGACAUAUUACGUGAAAUAUGGUUAAAAAAAGAUCAACGUUUUGUUAUCGGUUGUAGUAGUUACAAUUAAACUAAUAAAUCAUUAUUACAUAAAA